AUGAUGGAAAUUAACAACAAAGCCAUCCGGUUUCAAGUAGAUAGUGGUGCGUCAAUCAACGUCAUCACGCAAGAUCUGAUCGGAGACUGUACUGUAAAACCAACCAACACAAAGCUUUUAAUGUGGAAUAAGUCAGAAGUAAACGCCCUCGGUUCUGUUAGGCUCAUAAUCCGUAAUCCUGAAAACAGGAAGAAAUAUUCGGUGGAAUUCAUUGUUGGCAGUACAGGUCUACUGCCACUGAUCGGGGCUAAAGCAGCUCAGCACAUGAAGUUAUUAACAGUGCACAAGGAGAAUUUCAUGCCAGCACCACCAUCUAACAAAACACUGCCUAGUGUUAAGCAUGUCACCUCCGCAGCAAAAUUAGUUCAAGCGUUUCCGGAGGUAUUUGAGCGACCAGUUGGUACUUUCCCGGGGACAGUACAUCUUGAAGUCGAGCCGGAGGCACACCCAGUAAUAGUACCGUCGCGUCGUAUUCCUACAGCAUUGAAAGAACCCUUCAAGAAUGAAUUGGACAAACUAGUAAAAGACAAGAUCAUAGCACCAGUUGAACAGCCCACCCCCUGGGUGACUAGCGUAGUGGUGACAACCAAGAAGUCUGGUGCACUCCGAGUUUGUAUAGAUCCCAGACCCUUGAACAAGGCCCUUAAGAGAGAAACAUACCAAAUGCCUGUCCUCGACGAACUUUUACCUGAGCUAGCGCAAGCCAAAGUUUUUCAACAGUGGAUCUUUGGUCCGGAUUUUGGCAUUGUGUUUUGGAUGAAUAUUCCAGCCUGUUAACCACCUUUUCAACUCCAUAUGGCAGAUACCGAUGGCUUCGACUACCGUUUGGGUUAUCGGUUUCUCCUGAGAUUUUCCAGAAGCGGAUCAACCAAGCGAUCGAAGGCCUAGAUGGCGUUCUGAAUAUCGCAGAUGAUAUUCUAAUCUAUGGCGUGGGCGAAACCGAAGAAAUUGCAAAUGCUGACCAUGACAGGAAACUGCAAGCUUUACUGGAACGAUGUGAAGAGCGGGGUAUGGUGUUAAACCAAGACAAGCUAAAGUUACGUGUUACGCGAGUGAAAUUCAUGGGACACAUACUUACAGCCAACGGAUUAGAACCCGACCCGGAAAAAGUGAGGGCUAUAAAGGAGAUGCCGAAACCACAGAAUAUUGAGGAUGCCCAGCGGCUUAAUGGCUUUGUCAACUAUCUGGCCAAGUUCCUGCCGCAUAUGGCAGAGGCCAUGGAACCAAUUCGAAGAUUAACACGGAAAGAUACUGUGUGGCAAUGGACCGAUGAGCAAGAACGAGCAUUCGGUAAAGUCAAAGAGAUGGUUGCAGAGUCGCCAGUCGUCAGCUACUAUAACCCAACCCUACCACUAGAGAUCCAGUGUGAUACAAGUCACAAGGGACUUGGCGCGGCCUUGUUGCAACAAGGUAAGCCGAUUGCCUAUGCUAGCCGUGCCCUGACGCCAACCGAACAGCGUUAUGCCCAAAUGGAAAAGGAGAUGUUGGCGAUAGUCUUCUCUCUAGAGAGAUCUCCCCAAUAUACGUUUGGUCGUCCAGUCCAUGUAUACAGCGACCAUAAACCACUCGAAUCGAUCAUGAAAAAACCGUUAUCACAAGCGCCGAAAAGACUCCAAGGUAUGAUGAUGAGGUUGCAGAAGUACAAUGUCGAAGUGAGCUACGAGCGAGGAAAGAAUAUGCUGCUAGCAGACUUACUGUCAAGAGCGUACAUACCAACAGCAAAAGAUCCAGAACACAGCCAGUUUGAAGACGUGAACGCGUUGAGUUUUCUUCCAAUCUCCAAAUCGCAGUUGGAUCAAAUCAGAGCAGAAACACAACGUGAUAAAACUUUGCGAGCACUAGAGGGUGUCAUUCUUCAAGGAUGGCCUGAAGAUAAGAAAUUUCUGCCUCCACAAGUCCUGCCUUAUUUUAGCAUGAGAGACGAACUUACGGUCGAGCAUGGGCUUAUCUUCAGAGGUGAACGUGUCGUGAUUCCGACGGGUUUACGCCAGCUUAUGAAGCAAAAGAUACACUCAUCCCAUAUGGGAACUGAGUCGUGUUUGCGCCGAGCGAGAGAAUGCAUUUUUUGGCCGGGUAUGUCAGCAGAAAUACGUCAACUUGUAGAAGCAUGUGACACGUGUCAUAAAUUUAGCAGCGGUCAAACGAAAGAAACACUGAAAUCUCACGAAAUUCCCAGCCGUCCGUGGGAGAAAAUUGCAACUGAUCUGUUCACCUACAAUAACAAAGAGUUCCUCAUCACAGUGGAUUACUACAGCAACUUUUGGGAGAUUGACGAACUAUCAACCACAACCGCCCCUGCCGUGAUCGCCAAACUUAAACGACAUUUCGCCAGAUACGGCUGUCCAGAAACAGUAAUAAGUGACAAUGGCCCACAAUUUUCCAGCGAAGCAUUCGCCACUUUUGCCAAAGCGUGGGAAUUCGAGCACCGUACCAUAAGCCCCUGGAAUAGUAAAGCUAACGGGAAAGUCGAGGCGGCCGUAAAAGUAGCCAAGCAGCUUCUACGCAAAGCACGAGAUAGCAACGGAGAUAUACAUCUAGCUCUCCUCGACCAAAGGAAUACUCCUACGCAAGGAAUGACCACAAGUCCUGCUCAGGGGUUCUUAAAUCGAAGAACGAAAACGUUGCUGCCAACCAAAGAAACAUUGCUACGUCCAACAGUAGCAUGUCCCGCGGAACAACAGCAAAAGAUCAAGGAAAAACAAGAGACCCAAGCGCAUUAUUACAAUCGUAAUGCUAAAGACCUACCAAAACUGAAAAAAGGGGAGGUAGUUCGGAUCAAGCCAUCGAAGCCUGCGGUCCGUAUUUGGGAGAAAGGUGUAGUGGUACAGAGAAGUGAUGAUAGAUCGUACAUUGUAGAGACCGCUGAAGGAACUAGAUAUCGCCGUAAUCGGUAUCACCUCAGAAAGACUGCAGAGUCAGCUCCUGUACAAAGUGAAGUCGGGGAAGUUGAUAUUGAAACAGACUGCGAAAGUCCCAAGGAGGAUAAUGGAAUCGUAGAGAAACUACCAAGUCCAGGCUUGGAACCGAUGAGAAAGGAACCAGGAACACUUUGCCCAGCCAAACAUCAGCCUGAGACUUCUAAGCCAGUACGUCCACAACGUGUACGCAAAACACCAGCAUAUUUUGCUGACUAUGCACUGGGAUAA